AUGGCAGCAGCUGCCAUUGAUGCCUUCUUUGACAACGACUUGCUUCACGCAACUUCACUCUUUAUGAAGAAGGCGAAAGGCUCUUUCGGCCUAUGCGUCACUUGCUCCCUGGACGCCGAUCGACAAAUGAUCAUAGCAGCGCGAGGGCAAACGAUGUCCAUGGCAUUCUAUCCUCAGAGUGGAAUGGUGCUCUAUGGUUCAGAACAGGCAGCAAUGAAGGCUGCCGUAGGAGUGAGGCUGCCUGGGAAAGAGGAAGAAGAAGACGAGGACAGCACAGUGUCACUGCCAAAGGCGUUGCCCCCGAGAAGAUUUUCAAAGGAUCUCUCCCCUACGAAGCACUAUGUGGAAAUUAAUGGCGUGACUGGGUAA